AUGCAGUUUACUCCAGGAAUGCAACGCUGUAGGCAUAAAAAAUCAAGGAAAGGCUGCCUCGAGUGCAAACGCCGUCAUAUCCGGUGCGACGAAGGCAAACCUAUUUGUAUAAACUGCAUUACUGCAGAGCGAAGUUGCGAGUAUCGCGAGCGCAAGUCUCCAAAUCUGAAUGAUGCCACCUUGUCAUCCUCGGAGUUGAACGCGACCUUGAUGCAAGAUGCAGACAACUCAUCAGCCACAAGCAGUCUAAGAAUAAAAAAGGCACAAACGACCGACGUGAACAUGAGUCACCUAGAGUUACUUGCUCAUUUUUCAUUUGCCAUAUAUGCCCCAGAGCUUGAAGAGGAUGAUUUAUCUACAAAGUUAGUACUAGAAGCUGCUCUGAAAGAGGAGUAUUUAAUGCUUGAGGUCCUGGCAAUCUCGGCUCGACACUUAUCAACCACCGAUACCGACGAGGCAGAUUGCUAUUCACGCAAGGCAGUGGAACUGCAGACCAAGGCUAUUGAAUUAUUCAACAAUGCCGACACUGUUGCUGCUGAUGAUAAUCCCAUAGCUAGGCUGCUCUUCUCCUCCGUACUGGGCCGCCACAUGUUGGUCGAUGUGCUCGCCAGGCGAGAUGCUGAUCUCGAGACAUUUAUCGACCGAUUUACCCAAGGUGCACGAGUUCACCGGGGCGUCAGAGCUGUCACGACAGCACAAGAAUGGGAGAUACUACUGACGUCAAAGGUCGGGCCUCUUAUCACGAAAGGCCUUGAUCCUCUGGGGUAUCAUGACACACCUCCACUUCGCCCUCAUUUUACGUCACUGCUUUCGCGGACGGCACGGUUGGACGAUCAUGAUAAGGAGGCAUGCACUAAGGCUCUUUGCAUGAUAGAAGGGGCUCUGGAUGAUCUACAGUAUCCCGACAGGAGCUCAUUUGCCUUGCGCAUGAUAUUCGUUUGGCCGAUUCUAUUACCAGAACGAUUUAUCGUCUUGCUAGAAAGGGGUAUUCCGGAAGCUAUUGCAAUCAUGGGCCGCUAUUCUAUUCUACUUCACGCUGGGGAGUCACUAUGGCAGGUGAUGGAUGUAGGACCGUAUUUGUUAAUGCUCGUCUCUUCGUUUCUUGGAUCUGAUUGGGACGAAUGGCUGUAA